AGACCACUCUGGGACAAAAGUCGCUUCUGCAGCAGACACCCUAGCGUCAGACGGUGUGGAAGCGUUGAGGGGUAUAACUGAGCCCUGACAGCAGCAGCAGCAGCAGCGUGACACGCUCCCAGCUGCAGGGUGACUAGAGCACUUAGAGGACACCUUGGGCGUUUGCACUGCUGCAGAAUGCUGAUUUAUGUCGGACAGAUUCCUGACUGAGGAGCAACGCCACUGAGCUCAGCCACAGCAGCAAGAUGACUGCUGCUGCAGAGCUCCUAGAGGAGAUGUGCCACCUGACGGCUCAGUCUCUAACAGCGAUGGACACGUCUGAACACUUCCAGCUCCUGAAGCCGCUGGGAGAGGGCUCCUACGGGAAAGUUACUCUGGCUGUACACAGGAAAAGAGGUACGCCAAUGGCGUUGAAGUUCUUCCCUCGUAAGUCCACGUCGCUUUUCUCAUUUCUGAGGGAGUACAACGUCUCUCUGUCGUUCUGCACUCAUCCCUCCCUGACCAGAGCUCUGGGAAUCGUUUACUUCACCCCUUCACACUACGUGUUUGCUCAACAGGCCAGCCUCUUUGGAGACCUCUAUGACGUCAUCCUGCCUGAGCUUGGCAUGGAGGAGGACUGCUGUCAGCGGGUGGUGUCCCAGCUGUGUGGGGGUCUCUCCCACCUCCACUCCCUUGGUUUCGUCCACAGAGAUCUCAAACCGGAGAAUGUCUUCCUCUGUGACUCCGCCUGCCGAUGGGUCAAGUUGGGAGACUUUGGCAUGGUCAAAGCCAAAGGAACCAGAGUCCCGGAGGUUUGGUACAGCUCUCCUUACUGCACACCUGAGGCUGAAGUUGCUCGAGGAAACAAGGACAGCUGGGAAAGCAUAAACAACGGGAAUGAUGGUUUGAUGGAGAAAAAUGAAAACAGAAAGAGAGUUUGGGUCUCUGUGGAGCCCAGCACAGACAGCUGGGCGCUGGGGAUUCUGACCUAUGCCAUGCUCACUGGCAGCCACCCCUGGGAAGAAACCGCAAAUCACUGUCACUCAUACCAGAAGUAUCGUGAGUGGUUUGAACAAGCAAAAGACUCCAGGGAUGAAGAGGAUGUGAGGGCAGAACCUCAAACAGAACCGGACAAUCAGGAGUCAAAAGACUGCCCGGCUUUGGCGCCUCAGUUCGCAUGUUUCACCCAGUUGGCCUGCUCCUUCUUCCAGUCGCUCCUCGAUCCGAGGCCGCAGCUUCGCGGGCGUCCAGAGGAAGCUCUGAGGUUCCUUGGAGGAGAUUGGAUGAAGGCAAAAGAGAAGAUGAGGUUGGAGGAGGAGAGGAAGAGGAGUACUAAAAAGGGAGCAAUCAGUUCUGUGAAAGAGGAGGAAGUUAGAGGAGAACGUUAGAAUAAAGAAAAGAAACAAUAAAACCAAAAAAGACUUCUGACUCCCUAUGAA